AGCAAUCAUAGAUGGCGCCAAAAGCGUGAGAGUGUUUUCAGUAAAAAAGCGGCAAAAGUGGACAUUUACGUCAAUUUAUAAUUGUAACCAUUGUUGAUACAACAACUUCUUUCAAAGUUAUUUUGAACUGAAAAAAGCGAACAGAAAAAGACACAAAAUGAGCUCAAACAUCGAAACCACAAACUUGCCAUGGAUUGAAAAGUAUCGACCAACACAGCUGAACGAGCUCGUUUCACACGAGGAAAUCAUAGCAACCAUUUCGAAAUUCAUUGACCAAAAUCAGUUGCCACAUUUGUUAUUCUAUGGACCUCCUGGCACGGGUAAAACCACGAGCAUUUUGGCAUGCGCUCGAAGAUUGUAUGCACCAAAGGAUUUUCAUUCGAUGGUACUAGAGCUGAAUGCAUCCGAUGAUCGUGGUAUUGGAAUUGUUCGUGGACGAAUUUUGGAUUUUGCAUCGACCCGAACAAUCUUCUCGAAUGGAUUCAAAUUGAUCAUUUUGGAUGAAGCAGACGCCAUGACCAAUGAUGCACAAAAUGCUUUACGAAGAGUCAUCGAAAAAUAUACCGAUAAUGUUCGAUUCUGCAUCAUUUGCAACUAUUUGAGCAAGAUUAUACCGGCACUUCAGUCUCGUUGCACGCGAUUUCGAUUUGCUCCGUUGGCCGAAGAGCAAAUUGUUCCACGGCUCGAUUUUGUGAUUGAUCAAGAAAGACUUAACGUUUCGGACGAUGGCAAGAAGGCACUCAUCAAAUUGGCAAACGGUGACAUGAGAAAAGUGUUGAACGUUCUUCAAAGUACGUGGAUGGCUUACAAAAAUAUCACCGAAGAAACGGUUUAUUUGUGUGUUGGCCACCCUACGCCGAGCGACAUCAAAACAAUCAUGAAUUGGCUCAUGUCGGUUGAAUCGUUUGAAGAAUGUUUCGAUAAAAUUCAAGAUCUGAAAAUGCAAAAGGGUUUGGCCUUAGAAGACAUUCUGCGUGAAGUGCAUCUUUUUGUUAUGCGAAUUGAACUUCCGCCUCGUGUAAUGAGCUGUUUAUUGAUUAAGAUGGCCCGAAUUGAGCAAAGUUUAGCGGCCGGAUGUUGCGAAAAACCGCAGCUUUCGUCAUUUGUGGCUGCCUUUCAAAUUGCACGAAAUAUGGUCUCGGUAUAAGCAAAUUGCCUUCAGCAACACCUCAUAAUUUUGAAUUUUUAACAUUUUAAUGAAAGGAAAAUAUGUCGCCAUUCAAUGAUGAAAAAAAAAAUCGUUUAUUCUUAAGUUAAAAUAUAAAGCUCAAACGAAUAAUAACACAA